UCGCCCGAUGAAUGAGGUCAACUGGUCACAACACAGGGAUUCACAGUUUGGUGUAUAGGCUGCUUUGUGUAAAUAAUGUUUAUUUUGUCAGUCAUUAUGUGUUGAAGUAGUAUUUCUAUUGAGGCGCAGAUGGGCUCCUUAAAUUACUAAAUGUCCUGAUUUUGAUUUAAAAGUGGUAAUUAGUAUUUAGUGUAAUAAAAUGAGUGUUUUGGCAAGACAAACGCUAGGCGACUCAGCAGGGGAAGAUGAUUCUCUGGAUGACGUACAGAUGGACGGCAUGUUUGAGAACGAUCUCCACCUUGCAGCUGAGCUGGGAAAGACGUUGUUGGAAAGAAACAAAGAGUUGGAAGCUAAUUUGAUAUCCACUCAACAAUUGGCGGACGAACAGGCUAUGCAAAUUGUGUAUCUAGAAAAGCAACUGCAAAUCCUGCGUGAUGUCACCGAAUCAAAAGCAAGAGUUUAUGAACAAUUGGACUUGAAUGUCCAGGAGCUAGAGAAGUGCAACCAACGUCUGGAACAUGAAAAUAAAAUGUAUAAUCAGAAGAUGGUUCGAAUGUCGGAGAGUGUCGAAUCAUUAGAAGUAAAAUUACGCGAACAACAAAAACAUGUAGAACAGCUUAAAGAAGUAGAGAAACAAAAAUUAAAGGAAGGCAGAAAGAAGCAAAAGACAAAUGGAGUAACUCUGUGGUUCCCAAUAAGGAGAGCGCACAGUUUUGAUCUUGGUGACAUCCGAAGUGACACAAAUCCAUUUGAAGACGAAGUCUUCACAUUGAAAGCAACGAUUAAAAAUUUUAAAAACCGCGAGGCUGAGUGGGAACAAGGUAAGGAUGAUUUAGAGUCAGAAAUAGCGGUGCUAGUAAAGGAAAACGCGGAUUUAGAAGAGAAGAUUCGUGAGAUGGCUGUUCGCGCCCAGUUACAAGAAAUUGAAAAAGAGUACAUUAGUUUUGAGAAUAAGAACGAAGCUAUUUGUAAAUAUUGUGAUAGUCUGAUAAACGAGGAUGACCCGGAACCAGAUCUUAGAGUUCAGGAAAUAAUUCAUAUGAAUGAAAAAUUGGAAGUGAUCACGGAAGAGAAGCGGUCUCUGCCUAAUGCAGUGCCGAAGGUGGCUCCAGAUACAACAGACGGUAACUCGGGAAAUUCAAAAGUGGAAGCAAAAGCAGAGGGUAUCUCCUUGAUGGGAGAAAUAGACGCGCAAUACCGUGUACUAAUGGAUAAAUACAAUGAUUUAUUGAGGAGAAGCCGAAGUGGCUCCUUCAAGGAGGACAGUGUUCGUCCACGAGCAAGUAGCUUCAGACGAAAGCACGAAAGAGGAAGUAAAUCGCAGUCUAAUAAUUCAGAGAAGAAAAGACACAGUACGUCAUUAGAAGAUCUACGCCAUUACGAAACAAAAGAAAUUAAAUUCAAAGGAUCAAAUAUAACAAACCAAAAGGUCAUAGAAGAAAUGGUAGAAUCUGAGGAACCAUGUCCAGUAGAUGACCACUUUGAGGACCGACCACCUGAGUACAAGAAACUUUUUACGGAGAUCUUCAAGGUUCUUAGACGACCGCAGCAUGGUUUUGACAGUCAGAACUCCUGACAACUUCUACAAUGUCUGUACUGAUUACCACCAAUGCUAACAUUUCUGGCUUUUCUACUGUUGUGCUGCUAUGCAUUUUAUAAUCAAAAACAAUAUAGUUAUAUUAGGAUUAUAUAUUAUUUAUGUCUUGUCAAUAUUGUAUAAAUUUUAUGUUGAGAAUGGAAGAUUGUUAUUUAUGAUUAUGUUUUUUUAUAAGUUGAAAGAGUUUGUGGAUGAGUAUCUAGUUGUUGAUUUUUGUUUUUUAGCUGCUCAUUUGCUUUAUGCAUCUUGGGUUAUAAUUGUAAGACUUAAAUCUAUAUCACCACCCAAACAAAUCAAGGAAAAUCCUCAAAAAAAUAAAUAUUUGAGUUCCUCAUUUAAAAGAACCACAUACUUUACCAACUUUCAGGAAGUCAUUAAAAGGGGCAGUUUUCAAUAAUUUAAAGAUGUUCUAAACUAUAAAAAUUUAAAAAAAAUUGCUGGCAGGAAUUUAAAGGUAUGUGCAAAGACUAUAGUGUUUAUUAAUUGAAUUUUUUUUAAUGUCAAUGGAUGGAGAAUUGAAUUUUUUUUAAUGGAUGGAGAAAAUUUAUUCUUUUACUUUGCAGGUGUUCACUAAUAAUCCAUUAAGAUGCAUAAAUUAAGAAAUUUGAAGUAUUGAAAAUUUAUAUUAUUUAGGUGGCAUUUUUGUUUAUACAUACAGUUUAAGCUGGACACAUGCUACGUCAUAUGUUUAUAAAAGUCGGCCGGCAAAUUCAUCUGUGCUCUUGAUGGCGCAACACCAUUCGCUGGUGGCAGUCAUAGCGGGUCGUCAUUAAAAAUGAUCCAUUGGACGUACGUCAUUGUGUGUCAUUCCUUAUGGGGUUGCGUUGGCUAACAACCGUCAGCAGCGUGUGUUACCGACUUUCCACAAUACAAUUAAUUAUAUGAAUUCCUUUAUUCUAUAUAUGUUUGUAUCCUUCAAUUUAAAAUUAAACAAAAAAAAGUAUUUUCAAUGUCAAUUAACACUGUAUAAACAGUAUUCUUUGCAUACUGUAUAUGAAUUAAGUAGCAAAAAUGGUAAUCCAUUUAAAUAAUUAAUAGUAAAACAUUCUUAAAAUGAAUAAAACUGUUUGUUUUUUAAUUUGUACCUUGCUGAAAGUUGGUAACUUUUACAUUCUUUUAAUGUAGACUAGAGUAAUAAGAUUUUUGAGACUUUUCCAGGUUUUAUCACAGAUUUUUUUAAACAUCGAUCUGAAAAAAUGUUACCCUAUAAGCCAAAUACUUGCCGAGUGUACAUUACUGUGUUACUGAAAUUUUUAUUAGUGCAAGACACUCAUUUUUUUGCUUUUAUUCUGUUUUUAUUAAGAGUUUUUUUUUUUUAAUGGAGGCUAUCAUGAUUUUAAAUUUUGCUAUUUUGUUCUGCAUUUUGUUUAUUUUUAUAUUUAUUUAUUUAUGUUGUGUGUGUAUAAUAUUCUGGGGUUUUUUUAUAUGUAUAAUUGAGUUUUAUUAUUAAAAGAGUGUUAAUUUUUUAUGGAUAAUUUAUUAAUUUUAAAACUAUUUUAUGUGUUUUUUUGCUAAUGUAAUAAUUUACUGUAUUAUAAUUGUUAGAUGAAUGCGUACUCUGUACUUGCACAAGUUGACAUAUUUAGUAUGAUUCCUUGCAGCUUAAAUCUUAAAUAAUAAUAAUGAAAGAUAUUAAUGAUACCCAGUGCAUGUUGGGAUGCAUGCUUAGUAACGAUGAUGUCAUACAGUAUUUUAUGCAUGUUCAUUGCUUAUUAAUGUUAUUCAUUUUAAACAAUAACCUAAACGGCAUAAACAAUAUUUACAAUAUUUUCCCUUCUUGACGAAGUCUACAUUAAUUCAGUUUUCUCUAUGUAUGUACUUUACUGUAAUGCACAAUAAAAAUACAAUAUUUAAAAACUAUAAAAAAAAACCUGACAUGUACAUGAAUAUUCCAUAAUUUUUACAUAACUAGGUUAAUGAUCUGUACAGUACAGUCACCCCUCAAGCUUUCUGGUAUUUUAAUUCAGAAAUAUAAUGAUGCACUUCAUCAUAUUUGUAAUCAUUUUAUCCAGCUAAUGUAGUUGGAAGUUAACAGAAUAUUCGUAGUAAGCAAGGCAAUACUAAUCUACAAUUGCCCUCUUAAUUGAGUAUAACCCCACAAGACCAACUUAUUUGUUGUACUUUUGCAUUAUUGCAAUUAAGAGUAGGUGUAAUCAGUUUGCUAGAAUAAAAACAUUCAUUUGAAGCGAAUAAAAUUUGAAUACAUGUAGGAACAGUAGGAAUACACGUAGGAAUUUUAAAAUAAUAGUAAUUUCUGUUCAGUACCAUGAAUAAAGUAGAAUAAUUUACAGUGGUGGAUCAAGAAAUUCUUAGAGGGGGCCUAGGGAGAGACAGAUGGAGGGUCCAUCCCACCUAUUUUUUAUUUAUUUGAUAUUUUAAAAUUAAGGAGGGGAGGGGAGAGGCAUCCAAGGAAUUUAAUGUUACUGAUCAAUUUCAGAAUUUAGGACCGUAGCACCAAUUGUAUUAAUACUCACUUUUGAUUGCCAUUGUGAUUGUACCAGGCACUCCUUGAUAUUUCUGGUUCUCCACCUUCCAUUCUUGUAUAUUCACAGCUCAGCGAGUGACUCGGAUCAGUACUUCCAAUCAAUCAGUCCAUUAAUCUUCAUCUCAUUGUCAUUGAGAGAAUAUAGACAUUUAUUUUGCUAUGUCGACAAUACAUGGACCAAAGCAAAAUAAAGUUAAAUAAGAAAGCACUGUACUGUUAUACAAAAAGAGAUAUGUCGCAGUAGUGAUAAUAUAGAUAAGGUCAGAAGCGAAGAACAACAAUAUUUAAAUGUUAAAUAUAAUCCCACUCCAGAAUGGGAGAUGAACAUGUUAAAAGAUUAGACAUUCCUUUACAGAUAUACACACCUGAACAACAGUACUUAGACAAACCAGCCAUACAAUAUUGGAUACUUCUCAUAUGGAUUAUUUUGGUCGUGUUAGGAAUUAUCUGUUUAUCAAUUUGUUGAGAAAUCUUGUUUUACGUGUAAAACAAGAUUGCCCUAGCAUGACCAUGCAAACUUACUUUCAUCUUUUAAUGAUAUUUUGUAACUUUAAAGGCCAAUUCACACCAGGCCAAGAUUUCCUCUGAUCAUAAUAUCAAUUUUUUUUGACAAAAAAAUUGUUGUAUGCCCAUAUAUAGUCAUGAUGUGUAUAUAUAUGAGAAAUAUAAAUUUAAACAAACAAAUUAAAUAUUUUAAUUGCAUACUUUGUGUAAUUUAAGCAAGUAAUGUCUUUUAUU